AGAAAAAGCAGAAUUCGAACUGCCUCAACAAUGUGUCGUUUGGAUGUGGACUGUGCCGUGAAAGGACCUGAACAACAUGGAAAUGCCCUCCCUUCCUCAAGGUUAUUUACUAGGAGGAGAGUGGUCAUGCCACAAAUGUGUGUGAUUUCCUCAGGCACUUCAGAAUGUAGGUAGGAUGUUGCAGUGUUAGUUCCCCCUCGACUGGAUCUACAUGCUCAACCCCAAUGAAAUCAGUAGCCAGGGUCUACAACAGGGUUUCCCAUUCUCGUCCUGGGGACCCCAGGGGGUGCUCGUUUUGGUUUUUGCACUGGCACUUUACAGCUGACUCAACUAACCAUCAAGCUUUGAUAACUUGAAUCAGCUGUGUGCUGCUAGGGCAACAACCAUACAUGCACCCCUUGGGGUCCCCAGGACAGAGUUUGGGGAAACGCUGGUCUACAACGUCCUAGUUUCUGCCGAGUCCCCAACAACCGGAACAUCCGGUUUUCAGGGGAAAUGGAAAGAGCCUGUGAUGCUACUUCCUCUUUUGGAUGAUAAAUGAGGUACAUGGUGGGCCGUGGGGUGAAACGUAAGCUUAGUGACUGUGAGGAUCAGAUGCUGGACCUGCCCUACCCCCAGCAGAGGCAGCUGGUGCUGAACCUGUGCCUGGAUAAACUCCAGAGUUGCCAGCGCCGAGCUGAACCCAGCCUGCACCGCUCGGUGUUGCUGGCUAACACUCUGCGACAGAUUCAACAGGAGAUGAGGCAGGAGGGAGGCCCUCCAGCCCCCGCUACACCGCACCACUCCCCGGAUCUGCCGCCUGUGCCCUCGGACCGUCCCUCCACCCCAGUGGCCGCGCUCUCAUCCUCACUGCUGUGUGAAGACGACGUACAGUCAACCUGCACAGAGCUCCCCAAGGGACCGGGGUCGGAGGAUGGCGGCAAGUCGCAGGAUCUGCUGUUUGGCUCCUUUGAAAUCACCAACUCCACCAGCUACCUGACGGACCUGCAGCUGGACGACAUUUUUGAGGACAUUGACACAUCCAUGUACGACCCGUCAGACUUCUCUGUUCUGGCCUGCCCCCCUCCCAGAGGGAGCAGCGGAGCCUCCUUGGGGAAUGACUAUAACCUCAAGGCAUUCUCCACCUCCAGCAGUACUCUGCAGAUGUGUCUCAACGACCUCGACCACAUCAUGGAGAUCCUGGUACGCUCUUGACUGAUUGGCGCCACGUCGUAGUCACAACUACCCAGCAUUUUAUGAGCUGGGGGUGGGAAGAAUGACUUGAUUUUUUUAUGUCUCUAUUUUCAUACAAAGAACUUGUUAUAUUUAUACAAAAAGACUGAUGGAUACCUGCCUGAUACACUUCUACUGUAUGAUAAUGCACAUUUUUGGUGGCCCGCUGAGGCCAUCUUUUUUUCUAUAGCAAGAUUAAAUGAAUAUGCAGGGACUUAAAGCAAGAAACGCAAGUAUUACCAUUGAGACAUUUAUACGGGAUUGUUAUUCACCAGUGCAUUCUUCGCGGGGGGAGGAAUGACAACCUGUGGAACAAGGUGAAGAAAAGAACAUUGGGGGUGGAUUCCAUUAAGUAUUUCUGGAGCAUUACAAUCAUUUAUCAAGAAUUAAUGAGAUAGGACUUAAUCAAUACUCACUACCUCUCUAAAACUAAGAGCUCUGUCUCACUAUUCAAAGAGAUUCAUGAACUCGCCGCUUCACUCAUUUUGUAUUUCGAUUGGUCUUGUUCCUUUAACAUAGAAAACUGGUGAUUGUCAAUAAUGCAGAUUUUUAACACCAGAAAGAAUGCCUUCCUGCCGAUAUGAAUCUCAAAACAUAGCCGAUAAUUCCAUGUUACACUGAUGCCUUGUCCAUCCAUUUUGGUCAUUUUAAUCAGAUGGUAGCGGACAACAAAAGAAUCAGCACUAGAUUUUGAUGAAUAUUUGUUUUGAGGAUAUUGCGUUGAUUACUUGGAAUGAUCCGUGUGUUUUUGUUACACUAGAAUAGAAAAUGCAUGCAUUUCAGCAUUUAGUGGUUUGUCUCAUUGAAGAACUGUACAAUUUGAGUACUAUGUAUUCCCCCCCCCACUAACGGUUAUAAGAAAGAAAAAUACAGAUGUUGUCGUAUCCCUCUAAAGAACAUAGUGCCUAUAACUGAGGAUGAAGACUGGUGAUGGUGGAACUGCCCACUGUGGACCCACACAUGGACACUAGCCUAUGAAAAGGCGACAACCUGUGAGUUAUUUCUCUAAGUAAUUUAUUUUUGAUGUGAUACUCAGUCCUGAAAAGAAGCCAUUCUGCCAGGUGUGGGCACAUCUGCUUUUAACCCUUCACACUCCCCUCGCCAAAGACUGACACUGCAAAAAAGCAGACCUUGGAUGUCGGUGCCUCACGCUAUGGUCGAGAAUACGGUGUCCUAAUGUUGAGUGAAACUGUCAGCCAUCCGGUAGAAUCCUCCAACAUUUGUUCUCUAGGAAUGUUCUCUCGGAAUUGCCUUUUCUCUUACAACAGACUGCGGGGUUGGACUCUACUCCCAAGAAAAUGCAAGUCAUGGAUACAGAUGUAGGAUCUUAAUUUGAUCUCUGUUUCAGGAUAACUUAUUGUAUUUGGAGUUUAAAAAGGCUUCUGAAGUUUUAAUUUCCACUUUGGAAUUUCAGACUUGAUUUUCCCUUAAGUAUCAACCCCUACAAAAAUGUCCAUGAAUUAUAAUUCACAUUUCUUGAUGACGCAGGAUUAUUUUGCUGCUGUUGCAAACUGGCGCAAAUUACGAUCCUACAUGUGUAGGUAGUGAAAGGAGUUGUGUAACCAGAGGGUUACACAACUGAUGGGACAUCCCCACUUACUCUUAGCUCCUUCUGUCUGAGGGUCAUACCUGUGCUGAGGGACUGUCCUGCAUUGCUUCUAGGCUGUUUUCACCCGAGACUGGAGAGAGGGGGAGGGGGAGGGGCAGUAGCUCAUGUGGAGACACUUGCUUGUGGAAAUGGCUACACAGUUUCACAACAGCUGGUAUGUGUGUGUGUGUCUGUAUGCCAAGCUCUGUCCCCCAAAAGGGGCCCCCUUCUGUCAGCCAAUAAGAAUGCUGAGGGAGGGGUUUUGUUAGCCUGUAUGAAAGUGAAUAACAAAUGUAAGCAGCUAGAUACAGUUCCUUUUCUCACUGUGGUAUGUGUCCCCUUCCUCCUCCUUUUCACUGUUUAUAACCCAGGGUUUGCACAAUUUGACAUCUUCUGUUGUCCGUUUGUUCAACACCGUAUAUCCAGCUGUAUCCACAAUUUAUCAUGGAUCAUAUAACCAAAACGGAAUGAUCUUGUCUGCACUGAUCCACAUAUUCUGAAAUAGGCUGAUUUUUAGAUGAGAGAUUAGGACACAGGCUCCCGGCACUCUGUGGUGAAGCUCUCAAAGUAAACAAGUCCCUGGUGUUGAUGCUCUGCAGUUGACACACAGACCCCUCCCGUCCUUCCAAAACCCCAGCACGACUGCACACAGACCCCACCCUAAGGACUGACUCGGCCUACCCUGAACAUCAUAACACAUGGUACAAUAAAACCAAGGAGGCUUAUUUAUCACACCAUCUACAUUCUUCAGUGGGCCCUGUGCAUCGAAUGAGUUGAGAAUUUCUAAGCUUUGUAAGCUUUUUUUUCUUGUACAUAUUUGUAUUUAUACAUUUUCCUGUGUGAUUGUUUAUUUUCAUGACCGCAUUGAGAUAAUAUAUUGCAUUUAUUUAAGUAACUGGUCUGGGGGUUUUGUAGCAGAGUUCAGGACCCAUUUUUUAUUUUCAUGGAAGAAGUAAUAUUAUGAAAACAUGUCUGUAAAUAUUUGUUGCGGAUCAUGAAGAGAUUGAUAUUUUAGAUGUAACUGGGCCUACCCUUUCGUGUCUACGAUGGGAUUCUAACAAAGUCUAGAUGAAGAUUACUAUGGAUCAGGCAGUUGUAAAACUGGCAGCUUUUCACACUGUUUUCAGCCUGCAGAAACUUUGCGAAGUUUAACCAAAAUAUGAAAUUGGCAGUACAUGUAUGUUUGUAUAACCAAUCAAUAUCCCUGGAUUGAGCAAUGGAAUAGGCUAACGUGAUGGCCUGUAAUAUUCUGGCCAGUUAUGUAACUCACUAGCCCUCGGGUUCUUAGAUGUUUUGGAGAUUUUUACCAAACGUGAAAGGACUGCAAUCCCACUUUCACUCGGCAGACUCCUAAACUAACGGUCAGAAUGCUUAAAAUUAAUUGUGGAAAGGAGUAAAUAAAUAUCUGUUAUAGCACAUCUUUAAGUAGCCUAAGUGUUCCAUUGACUUUUUUCGUGUCUUCUCUGCAGUUUGUAAGGAGUUGCACUCUGUAUGGUGUUGACAAACCAAUGUGAACUAAUACAGUUUUCUUGAUAAAGAACCAUGUCGAAUAUCUUAUUUUUUAGACAGGACUCUUAUUACUGAGAGGUCGACAAACACUUCACUUUUGGAAUGGUCUUACUAGAGUUGGAGCAUUACAGAAUGGAUGAGGUGGAGUCCAUCUCUUACAUAUUUGGGUUUUUUAUCACUUGUGUGAGUUAUUUUCAAAAACGUUCUACUGAAAACCAGAAUGCUUCAGAAUUAUCACUUUUGUCCCAAGUGCAAUAUGAGUGUUUGUUGGUGAUCUAUAUUUAGUAGAAAUGUCUAACAUUUGUUUUUAUACUCUAUGCAAUACUAUAGCAAUUCAGUAAGUGAAUAAAAUGCAAAAGAGGAA